GCUGUGAAGAGAAAGGGACAUGCGAUAGCGGACGAGCAACUCCAGUCACCACUCCUACGCCUCCCCGCUGAACUCCGAAAUCAGAUUUACGGCUACUUGCUAUGCCCAGAUACAUCGUCAUUAAGUGCAUUAAAGUCAAAAAAGAAUGAUCUCGCCGUCCGCGGCUUCAACGAAACCUCGACCUCGAUCCAACUCUAUCCGGGUAUCCUAUCCACAUGUCGGAAAAUCCAUGGCGAGGCGCACAGUCUGCUCUACACGACGCAUAUCUUCCACGCACACCCUAGCCUCCUCGCCUCCCUGCCACACCUUGCUUCUAAGUCUCGCCCGGUGCUGUAUCCUUCUGUUACCGGCAAAAUUCGUCGCUGGCAGAUUAGUCUGAGAUUGGAUACGGAUCCGCGAUUCACGGCGCAGCAAGCGCGCGCUGCCUUCUCUGGCGCGGAGUAUCUAGAAAUCCGUGUCUGGCAAGCGCAAUUCGAGGCCUGUAAUUGGGACGUUUUGAAACUCUUCCUUGGGGUUCGAGGCGUACAGGUUGCUCGAGUUGGCGGCAGCGUGGACUUGGAGUUGUCGGAGUGGUUAGAGAAGGUUAUGAUGGGUGCUGAAGAUAUGAAAAGCGGGAAACAGGGUUGUGGGGAACCGGGCUGUGAUUGCAGAGAUGGAGAC